UGAUGUCACAUCUCGUUACGCCAUUUUUGUUGGGGAGCAGUCGUGUUCAGAAAAGCAGGAUUAGAUUCAGUACAGGUACAUCAAACGACACCUCCUGUAAACAUCUCUUUGAGUUCUUGCAAACGGGACACCUGCCUGUCCACCACGCUCACACAAUGUCUUCAGAAAACCUGGACUCGGACACUCAAGUGGACUACGAAGACGAAAAACAGGACUCCCAGGAAAAGAAUGCGAACCCAGUGAAGGCAGAGGAGGCCAAGCUGAAGGCCAAGUACCCCGGCCUCGGCCAGAAGCCCGGCGGCUCAGACUUCUUGAUGAAGAGACUACAGAAAGGACAAAAGUACUUCGACUCGGGGGACUACAACAUGGCCAAGGCCAAGAUGAAGAACAAGCAGCUUCCUGUGGCGGGACCCGACAAGAACCUGGUGACCGGCGACCACAUCCCCACGCCGCAGGAUCUGCCCCAGAGGAAGUCCUCCUUGGUGACCAGCAAGCUAGCUGGCUAGCCUUCAUCGUCCCAGAAGCGCCCUCUACCCCCCUGGGACUCCCGGCUAACGUCCCUUCACCACCUCACUUGUGUCCCAAAUAUGUCCGACCUCCUCCUCCCCCCUUUUUCCCUUUUCAUCCCCAGGCACCACUGGCUUUAACAUAUCGGGCAGAGUUGUAUAAGUUGAAACUCCAUUUGCUUGUAUGUGGGCGGGGCGGGGUGGGAGGGACGGAGGCUUAGGCGGCCUGAAAGGUUGCAGCCUUCCUCGCCUUCCUACCACGCACAGCUCUGCCCCCUCUGCACACUCUGCUCUACCGCCUCCCUUAUAUCUUGGUUUUCAGUGUUCCAAGAUGCAUUACAGUAGGUGUGUGUCAUCGGGCAGGGGUUGGAUGGGGUGAGUUAAUGCACUUUGUAUUCUGUAUAGUAUGUUUUUUUUUUGUUUUUUUUUUCUUUUGCAUCCUGAAUGACACCAAAACAAUGUGUGUAAGGGAGUUAGGAACCAUGAUCGCGGCGUGCUCUUUGAUCUUCACGUUCCCUUUCUAUGCUGGUGGCUGGCUUCAGCGUGAGGGGUUGGAAGAUGUAUGUGAAUAGUUGCUUGCAUACCAAAUCUGUGAGGGGCAGCUGCCUAGUUUAAGAGAUGCUUACAAUUCACUGACACCCUGUUGGGAAAUGAAUGGAGGGUUCCUUGCAUCUUUUUUUUUUUUUUUUUUUGGUCAAAUAUAACCUGAUGCUAACUGCUGCAGCUCAGCCAAAUGGGGAUUUUAAAAAACGUAUUUGUUUUUUGUUCUCCUUUGCUAACGUUGCUUUAAUUUCAUACUCCCUUUGCUCCUGUUCUCUCUAAAUAUGCUGCAUGAUUGUAACAAAGAAGAAAGAAAUUUAAUAUGUUUUUUUUUAACAGGAGGGGAGCAUCUGCUUAGUGGUGAGAAGUAUCAAAGCAUACACACUAAAUCCUAAAGCGUCCACGGUCACAGUUCCUUCCUUUUUUUUUUGCUUUUUGCUGUCCUGACAAUCCAUGUGCACACGCUCCUGUUAGCGGCCCAGGGCGAGAACCAGCUGAGUAUAUCCUCGUAUUAUUUUUAAAGGCUGGGAACCCUGCCAGUCUCUGAGCUCGGCCUUAGUUUGGUUGCUGUUGAGUUGCAUCAAGACGUGUGUUUACUAUGAGCCUAAAAAGAUUUGUGGGGGGAUAGAAGCACCCUGCAUAGAGUAUAUGCUUCUGUAAAUAAUAGUCAAACAAGCACGUAAUUCGUGAUAAGCUUGGCGCUUUGAGGACCAGACCAGCUAGCAUGCCUGAGAGAAAUGGUAGUGCUAAAUCGACUCACUUGGGAUUACAUCCUGGGAUUUCUGGCUUGGAUUUUUUAUUUUUUUUUGCUUUAACAACUGAGCCAAACUCCACACUGCAGCUAUCAGGCACAGAGACUGUGGAUACGCUUGUCUUUUCAAUGUGACUGUUAGCAUCUAACCAUCCGACCUACACCGCAGCCGGAGCCGAUCUGGUUGAUUAUACAUAGAGUGCAGCGAUCAUACAGAUGUCUUACUUCCUUGCCAUCUCUGAAACACUUCUCCAAACACAUACCUAUUAGUUGAUUGCAUUCAAAGACGACAUUGAGAAGACAACGGUAACCGCAGUUCAUCGCCUUCAUAGUUCUGUCCCGCAGCGGCACAUGUGCAGAUACAAUUUUUUUGUAGACGUUUGGGACCGACCAAAAGAAUGACUUAUUCUGACGUUGAUUUCUAGUUUUGUGCAGGAGAUUGUUCUCUCCAUGUUUUAACACUUUCAGAAUAUAUCACAGUCAGACAUAGUGGUUCCCUUGACAACUUGCAUUCUUCACAUUAUGAAACACUAACUUUAGUAAAAAUAAUUCUACUACUUGACUUCCCUAAAACCUCAGCUGGAGUAAAGUCCUGCUUUUGCUACCAGCGCCACACACAAAUAAAAGUUUCUUCUUCCCAAACUGACACACUACACAGACUGAUCCUUGAUCUCAGGGGUGUCAGAGGGUAAACAGCUCACAGACUGAUAAGCAGAGCUCCGAAGAGCAUCAUCUCGGGCUUAAAGUGGGACAUGGCGUGUCUGCAGGAGCGCUCACUCCAACACUUGGCAAAGCAGAGAGAGAUUUUAUAACAUGAUGAGGGGGGCAAAGUGUGAGCGUGUGCUCUGCGCUCCGGUCCCACCUGUUCCUGUGGUUCAAACCUUCUGAAACAGGCCAAUGGCGCAAUCACCAAAUCUCCAGACUUUGAAUGUGUGCCCCCCCUUCGCACAUUCAAGAAUCUGAAUUGGAUGCCGGCACUCACUGAGAAUCAGUGUCUAUUAACUACUUCAGGGAACCUUCACAUGCGCACACUCCACCACAUAGGCUAGGUGACAGGGUGCAUGCACCAUCACAUUCUCAACCUCACUUGUUUUUCAUUGAGACUUUAAAAUGUGUCAAAUUUGCAGUGGGUGAACGAGAACUGAGCUGUACGUAUGUGCUUGUUGUGGUGUUGUAUGAAUGCACUGCUUUUUCUUUGUUCCAACUAUUGUAAAUAGACUUCAGCAGGAAAUGAUUUUUUUUUGUUGUUGUUGUUGUUGUUUCCCACCUGCUUUUCACUCUUUCAAAAGCCUGAGCUAUUUCUGAUUCAAUGGUUCCUCUCUCUCCUUUCAGUUCGUCACUACUUCUGCCGUAUCUUUAGUGUAUCGCAGAGGCUACGUGAAUCUGUAUCAUAUGAAAAUAUGUGUAAAUGCUGCUGAUUUCAAAGACAAAUCUAAGAGAUGAGACCCUGUAAAGAACACCUGUCCUCUUGGUUCUACCAGUCCAGCUCUCUUGUCCUUAAGUAUCUCAGUGCUAUAGCUCCUGUGGAAAAGUCGGUUUGCUUUCAGACUGUGUUGUGUAAAUUCCAAAAAAAAAAAAAACAACUACAUUUUAAGUGCAUUGUUAGAUUCGAUCCAACUUUUGGUCUUGCCAUAACUUCAAAAGGUGAAGCCUGAAAUGUCACUUUAAGGAUGGACUCUGUCGCGUUAUGUUGUGUUUAACAGCCUACGUUUUCCUGCUUUAAGAAGAUUGCUUAAAAAGAUAUGGGUGAAUAUGAAACGACAGUGGACAGGGGGUUCUCGAACGCUACUUGAUAUUCAUUCGGCUUGGCACGGAGCGGUUCGACGAGAGGGAAUAGCAGGGUAUGUCUCAGACCCGACACACAGGGUGUCUCUCGUUCAGCUACGACGAUUACGUGCCAGAAUGUAUAAAGAAAUGACAGGCUGUGUGCUCUGAAGUACUUUUGUGCUGCUUUUACCUUAUCUGUUUUCUUGUUUUGCAAGUAAAUGUUUCUUUUUUUUUUCUUUUUCUUGUGUUCUCUUAUUGCAUAAUUAAUGUAUUUCAUCCUGGCCCAAGAUAACUGCAGGGAAAUCAGAGGCACCCUUGCUUCCAAGUUAAAAAAAUAAAAUAAAGGAAAAAAAAAAAAAAGGGUUUACAUGAUAAAGAAGAUUACUGGAGAACACAGGAAUGAUUUUAAGACUUCGGAAAGUACAGGGGUACUUGGAAUGUUUCAGUUGUGUGGGAGUAGGUGAGAGGAUUUUUGUCAGUAUUUGAAAUAAACUUUUACAUUAAUAAGA